CGCGGCUGGCUCGCCGGCUGCACCGGGCCCUCCCAGGACCGACCCAUCCCUCUCUCCCGACUGGGGUGUGCCUCUCCCUUGUUAUCCGAGCGAGGGUUAAAAACUAGCAUUUAUAUAAAACAGAAGAAAAAGAUGUCCUUCCGUAAAGUAAACAUCAUCAUCCUGGUCCUGGCUGUUGCUCUCUUCUUACUGGUUUUGCACCAUAACUUCCUGGGCCUGAGCAGUUUGCUAAGGAAUGAGGUUUCAGAUUCAGGAAUUGUGGGGUUUCAGCCUAUAGACUUUGUCCCAAAUGUUCCCCGACAAGCUGUAGACGGGAGAGAAGAGGAGAUUCCUGUGAUCAUUGCUGCAUCUGAAGAUAGGCUUGGAGGGGCCAUUGCAGCUAUAAACAGCAUUCAGCACAAUACUCGCUCCAAUGUGAUGUUCUACAUUGUUACACUCAAUGGUACAGCAGAUCAUCUUCGAUCCUGGCUCAGCAGCAGUACCUUGAAAAACAUCAGAUACAAAAUUGUGAAUUUUGACACUAAACUUUUGGAAGGCAAAGUAAAGGAGGAUCCCAACCAGGGAGAAUCCAUAAAACCAUUAACCUUUGCAAGGUUCUACUUGCCAGUUCUGGUUCCCAGUGCAAAGAAGGCCAUAUAUAUGGAUGAUGAUGUAAUUGUGCAAGGGGAUAUUCUUGCACUUUAUAAUACACCACUGAAACCAGGACAUGCAGCUGCAUUUUCAGAAGAUUGUGAUUCAGCCUCUACAAAAGUUGUCAUCCGUGGAGCAGGGAAUCAGUACAAUUACAUUGGCUAUCUUGACUAUAAGAAGGAAAGAAUUCGUAAACUUUCCAUGAAAGCCAGCACCUGCUCAUUUAAUCCUGGAGUUUUUGUUGCAAACUUAACAGAAUGGAAAAAACAGAAUAUAACUAACCAGCUGGAAAAAUGGAUGAAACUCAAUGUAGAAGAGGGACUGUAUAGCAGAACAUUGGCUGGCAGCACCACAACACCUCCUCUGCUGAUCGUAUUUUAUCAACAACACUCUACAAUCGACCCCAUGUGGAAUGUCCGCCACCUUGGUUCCAGUGCUGGAAAACGAUAUUCACCCCAGUUUGUAAAGGCUGCCAAGUUACUCCACUGGAAUGGUCACUUUAAGCCAUGGGGAAGAACUGCUUCCUAUUCUGAGAUCUGGGAAAAAUGGUAUAUUCCAGACCCAACAGGCAAAUUCAGCUUGAUCCGAAGACAUAUGGAGAUCUCAAAUAUAAAAUAAAACAUAAUUUAUGCUGUAAGCAUUUCUCAGGAAAUCCUGGAAGACAGUAUGUGUGGGCAGUAACAGUUGCAAGGCUUCAAAGCCUAUCUGCAGCAACCCAUGGAAAGAGGGAUGUUUCAGCUGGGUAAAGAGGACAGACUACCCCGUCUAUCAGUUGGCUUCCCAGAUAGACUAUAAAUGUCUCCAUCUGCCUUAUCAACAAGUGUUUGCUUACUACCGUGCUGAAUGACCAGAGGUAAAUGGACUGACAGGAUUGGUACAGCUAGUUCAACACUGCUGCUUGGUUUUAAUUUUGUAACCUUAACCUGUGGUCUGAUCUGUUAAUAAAGUGAAACCUACAUUUUUCAA